GCCAAAGAAAGCGCCCUCAAUCACUCGAGCGCGAGAGAUACAGAAGAUAACGCUGUACGAUGUUACAACGCAUAUGUUCACGGUAUUCUAUGCGGUAGCAUGCGACGAAAAACCAUACCACGGAUGCGACUCCACGCGCCGCCGCAAUGUCUCGAAACAAAGAAAACAACCCACUCUUCACAACCCAGCGCCAUGGCGCGGCCGCCUCGUUAGGCCAAAAUCUACCAAGUGAAGAUUUCUUCACAGAUAGUAUUAUUAGCAGCGACUCGCGCAUACCCACUCCGAGCCCUCAGAAGAUCAAACCCGUGCGACCGCGACGCGCCAUAGGCACAGGCAGAGCGCUUCAAGCAACCAAAGAGGUGGGGAACAAAGUACAACGCUCGUCGCUGGCAGAAUACACAAAUUCCCGGCUAAGCGGACUGCCACAGCCAUCGUCACCUCUCGCGCUCAGGCGAAGUUCCAGUCCGCGGCGACCGAACGAUGUAACUACUCCACCGCAAUCCAGAGAUGGCCCUCCCUUGAUGAGUCCCCCGGCCGACUUCUCCAGCCCUCCGCGCGAGAUGACGGACACCUAUCAAAGGAUAGCAGACGAGGAAGAUCUUGCUGCCACAGAAAGAGAAGGUGACAGUGAUGAAGAUAUUGAGAACGAUGGAGACGAUACUCUUGGUUCAUAUCUGAAUGCUGGUCCGCCCAGUGAUACAGGCAACGCCCCAAAGGCGACGUCCAGAGCAUCGACGCCCGUUCAGCUGACAAUAGACACCGACAAGGAGAAUAUGGCGGAAGGUCAGACGGAGAGCCUCUCUGCACCACCCACGUUGGACUUUAUACAGAAUGAGAUGACGGAUCGAGUACUCGCAGCAAAGCUAACCCCUUACGCAAUGGAUCGCGUGAAGGAUCGAGCCAGGCUUGCAAAGCUACGACAAAAUCAUGUCCCUAUUGACUUCGGGAAUAGCCUUCGGCGGCAGUCCAACGGGUCUACUGGCGAGCAUAGAAGGAACGAUCUUGCGAGGAUAUCGAACCGCGGCCCUAUCAACUUCGAGAAUGUUUCCGCAACAACGACAAAUGGAACAGGGAAAGCUCAUUCCGACACGAGUAUCGACUCGACUCAGAAAAAGGUCAAAGCCUUCUCGCGAGCUUACAGAAAGGCUGCUGAAAAGGAAGACGAUGAUGGGAGUGAUACGCCUCCCGAACUCCGGGCCAGAGAGAAGAUUGUCGCCUUCAGCAAAGCCGGCCGACGAAAAGGUCAGCAACCUGAACAUGAAAGACCGCAGAACCCUGAUCAAGGACCAAAACUGGUCGCAUUUUCUCGCGCAAACGGCGUCCCACGUCCGUUUGGGGUGCCUUCAGAGUCAGAUGAACAACAGAAGGACAAUGGCGAACCCAAUGACACGGUCACCUCGACAGCAUCUGAACCACUUCCUGACGUGCCGCUGCCCCUUGAUGACAAGGCCAAGCUGCGGCCUGAUGAUAAGCUCCAGGCUGCUCGGUUGUUCCUUGCCAAAUGGCGUCAAGAAACUGCACAGAAGCGCGAGGAGAAGAAAAACCAGCUUGCAGAGGGAGACAGUUCCCAAAUAGCCUGGGCUGUAGCCGCGGCAGACGUCCCUUUACCAUCUAUUGAGAAAAGCUCAACACCUCAAGGCACUCCUCCUCGAAAGGCAUUGCAAUCAUCUGUGCAGAAGCAAAGAUCUAUCGACAGGUUCCGGAAGUGGGACAAUGACUUUACUGGCCUAUCAUUUCAAGUCUCGGAAAGUCCGCCAGUUCGAAGUCGUCCUAACUAUUCUCUGACAAAGAGGGAAAUAGAAGAUCUAUCGAAACAAGCAGUUACAACAAACAGGCUGGAUGAGAUACGCGUUAAGGACCCCAACGUCAUACUUCGUAAGACAUCUCGAUCAUUCACUCCGGAAGAGCGAAGACAGGGCCCUCCAGAUCCGGCUGUCACUCAUACGAGCGACCCGAGUGUGCGACCGCUGGAUGAAGGAGAGCGGAUUCCUGACACACCUGUCGUUGUAUACAGGUCAUCGAGUACCAACAGUGAGAACUCAAGCCUUUCACAACGACCAGCGGCCGAGUCGCAAAGGUCACUCGAUCACCUUCAAAGGCUUGCUCGGGCCGCAAGCACCACGCCGAGGGCCAGCCCACCGCCUCAGCAACCACUGGAAGAAGUGCACGAAGAGGCGACGCAAGACGAUAUCCUUGCAGCUUAUGAAGGGGAAGUUGAGACAACUGAUGAGCCUUCACUGAUCGAUCAAACCGACAAGCUUGGGCUUCCUACUCCCAGAGUCCUGGCAACACCGAAAGUCACAGGUGCAUGGACUGAUACGAUAUUACCAGACACAGUGAAGACGCAAAAAUCAAUGCCGAGACAAUCUAAACAUUUGCAAACGCCACAUGUCAAUGCUGGAGCCUGGAUUGACACACCUCUUCCGAGUGAUGGUUUACUCCCGGCUCCUUCAAUGCCAGAGACGAUUGAAGAAGCCACCGAAGAACUUACUAAUGGCGACUUCCCACAAGAAGAAUCACCGAUCGAGGACCGUCCAGCUGAGGCUACCACCUCUGAUGUACCAAACCAUCGGGAAGCAGCGCCGGACUCCCGGCCUUCCCCGGAGGAACAAGUUAUUCUGCCCCAAAGUGCACUCAGCAACGUUCUGAACGAAGCCAAGCAGAAGCGCCUAGUCUCUCGAGACAUCGCCGACACGGGAGACGACACGCUCAAUCUAGGUGACGCGACAAUUCAAUCCUUCGAAGAUCUGCUCACCGACGCAGCAGACAUCACAGCCGAUCUCACAAGUCUCAUCAAGACUAAUGCGGAAGAUGAAGCAGUUAAACAGCGCCAGCUUGCACUUGCACAAGCAUACGAUGGAGAUUCCACCACCGCGGAAGUCGCGUUCAUCGGACACCUGACUUCGCGCAUGGAACGAUUGAUGUCGAACCUCCAUGAAGCACGAAAGGGCAUUUCGCGUCUUGAGCAGAGAGUAUCGCAUUCGCCCUCGCCGCCACCAUCGACAGGCAAGCAAGCGCAAAUACAAUCGCAAGCACUCGUCGCACAAGAUCCCACCCAGCCUUGUGUCGUAUGCGGACGCCAUAGCGACUUACAACAACCACACCUGCACACAAAUACACACCAAAUACGCACGAACGGAUUCCUCCCAAUGACAUACUCCACCUUCACAAUUCCGAUCCCGUUACUCUUCUACCCCCGCCGCAAAGACCGCGGCGAGAUCUUCCCGCGGCCCACUUGGCUCGGCUGGGUCACGCUUGCCCUCUGGGCGUGGUAUAUAACUGAGUGCGCCUUCGCCGAGAUGUACGCGCACCCACUGUAUGCGGAGCGGUACGUCUGGCCGACUGUGCCGGAGCCUGAGUUUCCGUUCGUCCUGCCGACCAUGUUGGCCAGAUGGACUCAUCUCGACUCUUUCAUACCGAUAUUGGCAAAGGUCUUUGUCGCGAUUUGGAGGGUCGUGGGAAUGGCGUUGGGCUUGACGGAUGGCUUUGUCGACGAUCCUCUCUCCGGCUCCGCCUUUGGCAGCAGUGGUGUAUCAUCGGUCGUCGCCAGCGCGACGAAGGUCGCAAUGGGCGCGGCCAAGAGUUUGGUGUCUGGCCAGGAUCCGGGUCCGGAUCUGAGUAUGAUGAGUGAUGAAUUUAUAUGACCUGUAUUGUAAUCCGAGAUGUCUUUUUUUACCAGCAGGGAGGGAUUUUUCUAUGGGUUGGUCGGUCGCAUGCGCCGGGUAGGGUAUGAUUGUUUCAAAAUCAAAAGGACAUGGCGGGUACGGAGGUACGGAGUACUGUGGUACAAUUACUGGCGAUGAAAUCUUUCUGGUGGCUCGCCCGUACAGCGUGGUCGGCCGCGUGAAUGCAGGAACCGUUGUCAAGCAGCAAGUCUAUAACGUUAAGCUGACGCGAAAAAUUCCGCGCAGCAAUCUUUAGGCAACUACUCCGUACUGUACUCUACUGAAGGAC